AUGGAUGAACAAGUUAUUUUCACUAGCAAUACCGCUGGUACUGUCGCAACUUUGCAUUCUUUAGAACAGUCUAGUUUGAGGCAAUGUCAGACUGAGUCUAAGUUUUCCAGUUGUGUGGUCAAACAGAAGUACCUAUUUGUUGCUCAGAGCAGAAAGGCAUUGAUUCAAGUUUAUGAUCUUCACGGUUCUAACAAGAGAGAAUCUGUUGAACAAAGACUCCCAGUACCUGAAGUCUUACAAGCUCUCGAAUGUGUCGAUGAAGAUGGAUUAUUAUUGGGAGCCACAGACAGUGGGAAGUUGUACAUCUGGCAGCUUGCAUCCGGUAAUCUAUUGAACGUGAAACCUAUGGCGCACUACCAAGGUAUUGUAAAGAUCAAGAGUAUAUGCCAUGGCAAAUAUAUUGUAACGGCCGGUAGUGAUUCCAGAUUAAUAUUCUGGCAAACUAUGGACCUUGUACAAAAGGAUGAACCUAAACCUUUGUUUAUCAUACACGACCAUUCUCUCCCAGUUACAGAUUUUAUAUUUAGUAACACAUUAGGCCACUCGUUAGAUGGUAAGCUAUACACUGUAUCGAAAGAUAUGUCUCUCAGAUGCUAUCAAGUCAGUGUUGACCAUGAACCAACCUGUAUUGCGACAUUCACGUUCCCCUCAUCACUAAACUGUGUUUCGCUAGACACUGCGGAUAGAGCCAUAUACGUUGGUACUGACACAGGCGUAAUACAAAUACCACUUUAUUAUAAGGUUAGCAAUUCAAAGAUUAUCAAUUUACUGCAACCUAACGAGUCCAAAAUUUACUCUAUCACUGAAAUAACACCUGGUGCAAUGGAACCAGAUUUAUCAUCAAGGGAAAAGCUAUUCAGCAUUGGCCAAAUUUUAUGCGCACGUAUUGUGCAUAACAACACUACGUCUGUAGCCACAUCUCUUGACGGAUCCUUGUUGGUUUCUGGAGACUCCACCGGUAAAUGUACUGUAACGGAGAUUUUCUCGAACCAACCUCUAAAAGAAAUACGAGCUCUUUCCACCAAUGAUUCUACGGGACCAGUAUCAAAUCUUAUUGUAUUCCCAGUCACUCAACAGUCUGAAUCUUUGCUAGACGUAACCAAAAUCGUGAAGCCAUGGAAAUUCCCAAACCUACAAAGAGCCAUUGUGGACCGCAAACAUGGAAUCAACGAUGUAUAUGUUCAAUUCCAUGAGAAUUCCGUACAUAAUGUUCUUCCAGUGUCCGAUUUUGAUUCUUAUCUGGAUACAGUUGCAUCCGAGGAACAUAUUUUCCACCAAACUGGUUCAAUAAAUUCUACGGUGAACCGUGUGGGUCAAACGAAGGCUUCCAUGACAGCUACCGCAAAAGAAUCCAAGGUAUCGUCAGACGAUGAUAUAUACAAGUCCAAGGACAAGCAAAUUGCCCAAUUGAACGGAACUGUUGCAUCUCUCACGGAUGCUUACAAGGAACUAAGGAAGAUGCAUGAGGAUUUGAUGAAAGAACAUCAGCAAUUACUAAGCAAAAAUGGAACUCAAACUGAGAACUGA